UGCGAUGUCCUGGAAUUUUACCAUGCAAACAAAUCACAUCGGUUAAUGUUCCAUUGUUUAUUAUAAAUACUGCUUAAAUUGUUGAUAAUGGGUAGAGUUCUUAAUAUUGUUCUACCGUACAGCUGAGCGUGACUAAUGUAAAUAUCAUUUAUGAGCCAUUUACGGCGAUAGAACGUUUCAUUUAACAGGUGACCGAAUUGCGAUUUUAUUACACUGAAUCCAAGCUCUAUUUGGUUCACGUUGCUUCUCCUGCUCAGCGCUUGAUCUGGAUGAGAUUGUCAGUCCCGUGAUUUCCUUCUGCACCCACAUAAAAAUAGACGGUCGUUAUCCUUGAAUGAAUGAAUCGGUUUUUCUGCGCCCAAAAUCGGCCGAAGACUCGUUUUUCGUCGUUGCUCUGCUAUUUUAUCGGCUGUCUCAUGCGUAACAUCCUUUUCACCGAGUGCAAUAAUGUUUCAUGAAGACGGACAAGCUCCUCAGUAACAAAAGCGACAUCCACAAUAUACGUAUAGCGUUAGGCGAAUGAAUCCGCGAAUUUUACAUUUUCCCUACCGGUACGGUCCGUCCACUGUAGAGUGAACCAGCUGUGAAUCCGUCUCGUUUAUUAGGCUGCGGAUUAGGCUAUACAGGCUGUCUACACGGAUGGCCCACAGGAUAAACGCAUUCUGAGUUGAGCGUAGCUUCCAAGUUUUCGUCAAAAGAAUAUAGAAAUCUAAUUGGGUGUGUCAAUGGUGGCUUAUAGUCAAUGGCUUUGCUAUUUCUUCGAAGGUCUUUUCCUUCCUCUCGCUCUACUAUUCACUAAUGUAUGAAAAAGGUGUAGCCCGUCAAAAGCGUAUCUAUGUGUCGGCGUAUUUCCAUAUGAACCUGCGUGUCAAACUUACGCCAUCAGCGAAGUCAACACACUUUCUCGACGGCCCCUUUUUACAGAUCUCCUCCCUUCUCGUUCGCAAGACGUAAAACGUCGUUCAAUAUUAACCGCUUCUAGUGUUGAUAUUUAUGACAGCCAUUGCUCUCUAAAGGUUUUCAUCACACUGGCUAACGGCCUACUUGAGGCCGUUUCGUUCGAUCUAUUGGCAUCUAGUCGCUGUUCUCUACAUCGGCAGUCGUACCAGAGUGUUGCAUCUACUCGAAUCGGUAACCAUAGUCACAUCGGGUUGCGGAAUGAUCUUUUCACGCACGGCACCAAUCGAUAUUAUAGGGAGUGUACAGAAUAGAACGGACAAAAGCGGAGUUGUGAAACAACCCGUACCAAUGAAGCUAUUUGUGGUGCUUCUAUUGUUUGCGGCAUUAUUGGCAUCUGUCCGUGGGUACAAUUAUAAUACGACAUGGUUCGAAACAAAGGUAGACCACUUUGGUUAUGCCAACAACGACACUUUCAAAAUGAGGGUUCUGUAUAAUGAAGAACAUUUCAACAUCAGUGAACCUGGUCCAAUAUUCUUCUAUACUGGAAAUGAAGGAGAUAUUGAGAUGUUCGCCAAUAACACAGGCCUCAUGUGGGAUUGGGCAGCUGAAUUUAAGGCUCUUUUGAUCUUUGCCGAGCACCGCUUCUAUGGGAAAACAAUGCCAUAUGGAAGCAAGUCUUUUUCCUCAGUCAAGUAUUACGGUUACCUGACGGUCGAACAGGCCCUUGCAGACUUCGCUGAUUUUUUGCAAAACGUCAAAAGGACCUGGCCAGGAACAGCUCAGAGCAAGGUUGUCGCGUUUGGUGGUUCGUACGGUGGGAUGCUAGCCUCCUGGAUGCGAAUCAAGUAUCCGUGGAUCAUUGACGCUGCACUAGCCGCUUCUGCUCCCAUUCUCCAAUUCCAAGGUAUUACUCCAUGUGGGGUGUACAACGACAUAGUGACGAAGGCCUUUGAGCAGCAAGGAGAGAAAUGUGUUGACAAUAUUCGUAAAUCUUGGAUAGCCCUGGAUAAUAAGGCCAAGUCCGGUAAGAACGGAGCCAGCUUUAUCCGCGACAAUUUUCGAAUCUGCCAAGCUGUCUUCCCGUCGAACUACACCAUAGUGCGGGAUUGGCUUUAUGAUACAUACGGCAAUUUAGCAAUGAUGAACUACCCGUAUGCAACAAAUUUCCUCAAGAAAGUACCCGGCAACCCUGUCAAGAUAUCAUGCAGCUACCUAAAAAAGAAUUUCACCAAUGAUAACGACCUGCUUUUCGGUAUCUACGAAGCCGUAAACGUAUUCCACAACUUCUCCGGGGACGUGGCAUGCAACGACGUCGAAAAUGGCGCCGGCGAUAAUCUGGGCGACGCUGGCUGGAAUAUACAAAUGUGCAACGAAAUGGUUACUUCUUUUUGUGGAAAUGGGAAAACCGACAUGUUCUACAACUAUACGUGGGAGUUCACCCAAUUUCGCGCCAAUUGCGAGGAGACGUAUUCGAUGACACCAGAUCUUUACAAAGCUCGGAUGAUAUUCGGCGGUGUAGACAUCUCCUCAGCCAGCAACAUUAUUUUCAGUAACGGUGACAUUGACCCCUGGUCAGCAGGUGGUGUUUUGAAACAGUUAAACCCGACCCUACCGACAAUUAUCAUCAAGGGAGGCGCUCACCACUAUGACUUGAGAGCGGCCAACCCUGAAGAUACGUCCUACGUGAUCACGGCACGAAAUGUUGAGAAGGAAUACAUUAAACAGUGGAUCAAGGUCAACUAAUGAUAUGUCCUGAUCAUUUCCUGCUGUGUAAACUCUGAUCGCUACUAAUUUUAAAUCUAGAAAGGGUGUUUUGUUAAAUAUAUCGUUCUCCGCUGUCCUAAGCACCGGAACUAUUUUAAAUAUCGUUCGUUCGUAUGCGGAUAAUACGUAUGGAAAUGUAUUUUUAUUACAUUUGCAAAUUUGACCUUCAAAAUAUGCUCUAUCUAUAUAAAUUUAGGACGCUUUAUUAGUCCUUUAAUAAUUGAAGAUAAUAGUAGUUGACGGAAAAACCUAUGCAGUCUGUCUAAAAUAUUGAUAGCAAUAGGAGUAUCUAUUAUUCAAAACUAUCUAAGCAUUUUGUGGUGCAUCAGGUCAAAGAGACAAACCAAUGCGAAGAGAAUGUACGUUACCAUCAAAGCUGCAUCUUACGCCUGGACAGUUCUCAUACGCUAGCGAAAAUGUUGCAUGCUAAAACAAGCAAAGAAUCUUAUUGAAAAGUGAGCGUCAAGACCUUUUGAUUAAAUUCAAGUGAGUUUAGGUUAAGUAUUAUGGAAAUACCUUGUCAACUGUUAAGCGACAACCCUUGAUACAGUUAUGGUUAGUUUGCUCACUAGGCCCCCUUUGUAUGUCGUCGAUGAAGGCUCACAAGGACUGCUGGACCAAAUAGUUUGCGUUCGAUUAAAGAACGAAAAGCCAUGCAUGAAAUCAUAUGCUUGCCCUUAGAAGCCAAGCACUCCACGUCACUUUAAUGUCAGUAAGUUUAAAAAACUUACUGACACACAUGCGCGCUAUUUAUUACGAGCCAAGCUCGCUGAAUUCGAUCAUGCAGACACUGAGAUAGGUAGAACAGUUUAUGUACCAGUAACAACAACCGUAUGACUAACUUUCACCGGAAAAUAACCUAGGACGAAAGGGCAGCGGAGAGCGAGCUGAACACGCGCUUUGAAUGGACAGCUGCCCUAGAAGGAAGAGUUUGAACGUAACCGUAAUGAAGGACCUGUGGAUGAUAUAACAAAUGAUAUAAAAUAAAAAAAAAAUACCACACGACAGGUGCAGUUCAGCAAAGAGACCUAAAUCAGCAUUGAAACUUCCUGGUACGCAUACAUGAACGAGGUGUCGUGCUAUUUAGUCAUGGCUAACUACCCAUAGCACGACAGUCGUCUCGUGAAGAAUGGUUGCAAGAACAAGAGAAAACGAAAAAGCUUGUACAGGUUUUUUCGUUUCCAACAAUAAGCUUUUUCCUUCAGUGUUCACAAACCCAUUAACCUCUUCCAAAAAGUUUCUUGGCUAAGCACCCGCUGCGUCAAUUUCGAAAAAUGACCCAAGAUCAGCGCGUCGUUGAUAGAUAUAGUGUUGCACUCAGUCUUUUAUAGAUUAUUUUCCAUAUUCGUUUUCAAAUCCUGGGUUUUCGAAAAAAUACUGACGUUCUUUCUGGCUAGAUGGUUUUAGAAUUGCACAGCUUAAGUAGCUUGCGUCAGGUUGUCAGAGUUACAAAAACUGUGUUGGAUCAGUGAUGGCGCUCAUGCUUGGCAAGUAGGUAAAUCAAGGGUAUGGCGAACAGUUGUAUAAUGUGCGUCAUCAUGCGCAGUAUCAUUAACACUUCCUACCAGCGGAUGAUCGACCGCUUCAUUUCGCCAAUUGUUGUUAGAAAAAGAUUCCGACCGUCACCCCUAUGGUUCAACUGCUUUGAAACUGCGUAUCUCAGGCAAUGUGGGCUGCGAGUCGGCGUUGGUGUCAUCCGAGAGCUGAGAGCUGACAGUUGUAGAUGUAUGAGAAUUGUUGAAAUGCUGUUAUUAUGGAAGGAGGAUAAAAUGUUUUGAAUACGAGUAGAUUUUUUGCAAAAACUAGCUAUACUUUAGAUUACUCACGCCAUGAAUAUUUAGUGCUCUUUAUGGUCAAGAUGAGUUAUCGGGACAACGUAGAAAUUUCGACGUGCAAUAUGCUCUUUGUAGUCACCGACCGAGAUGAUUGCAAAGAUCGGCGAAGAUGGAUGCGUAAAAAACCAAAACACUGUCAAGGAACAAGUGUCCACUAAACAAACAGCUUUAAACCAUUCAAACAAAGCCAGGUACAAACAGAAACUAGAUGUUAGUCUACCAGACAAACUGACGCAAACGAAUCUACUCGAUCAUCUUUCCGUUAAGCUAAUCCUUGCGAUUUAUACUAUUUCGAGUUAGGAAAAGUGGAUCACAUACGAAAAAAAAAUGCGCGGAACAAAGUCUGGACUGACGUCAAAAAGAUGCUACUGUGCAUUUGCUGAGAUCAAAAUGGAUCUGCGCAUGAUGAACUGCUGCCACCAAACGGUUUGGAUCUCAACUGUCAGCAACGAUGGUUUACAAGAAGCCAUUAAAGAAGAAAAUCGAUUGGAAUUAGUGAACAGAAAAGGCGCCACAAUUCUCUAUUAUGAUGCUAGAUCAAAUAUACGUUAAGCUACCCGGUAAAAAUGGGCGAAAUUUCAAUGCAUCCGCUGUGUAAUCCAGAUCUUGCAUCAUGAGAUCAACACGUGUUGUGGCUUCUGCAGAACACCUUUAAUGAUUUUAAUUUACCUUCAAUGGAGAGAUGCAGACGUCACUUGUAAUAAUUUUUCCACCACAAAAAAAUAACAGCUGGCUGUCUACUUAACCUAGUAAUAUCCUUUUAUCGAAAAAUUGAUAUUUGCUCCAAGGUUAGGCCUAAGAACCGUGAACAAUACUUUUUCGAUCAUCCAAUAUGUUUCAUUGAACAUGACGUAAGGGACAAAAAAACAAGAUAUUUAAUAUUCAACUGUGCAUUGCAGUUACACACUAUGCCCAACAUUUAUUUUUCUUAAUGUGUGCAACAGAAGAAUUGAACAUACUUUGUCAAAUAUAACAAUGCUCGUUAUUUAUUCGUCAUAACUGGGUAUCUAGAACAAGUUAUUUUAGACCAUCCAUAUUGAUCAGACUGAACCAGGGCUAACAGCGGUGCACGAUGUUUCAAGCAACGCGAUUCCAAGAGAUCUCUUUGUAGGUUGGAAAAAUUACAUAAAGCACGGGAAAUCACCUCACUGUCUUUGACGACAAGUGAAGCCCAUCAAAAACUGCCAUCUUUUUUGGUGUUUUAGAAGAGCCAUUUGGGAACAGUUUAGAUCACUUCUCCCCUAAAUUAUUAUUAUGAUCAGCCCGUUCUAAUCAUACUGUAAACAUGAUACGAACACGAACGCUCCAAAAGGAUUGCGUUAAAUAGUUGUUGAAGGUUUAAUAGUUUGUCAGUCUAAGAACUAAAUACUAGUUUCUGAGUUAUCAAUUAAAGUAGUUCAUAUAUGGAGAUCGGUCUAACGAAAAAUUCUUCGAUCGUUUGUGAACGAAAACAACUUCUAACUA